AUGGACGUGGACGGCGCGGCCGAAGACGGCUACUUUCGAGCGCCGCCCAUCAGCAGUGAUGUAGACACGAGCGCGACAUUUAAUCUUUCUACUGUGUAUUUCCCGAAAGAAGGGGACCAUGUACUAGGCGUUAUUGUGUCGAAGAAUCUGGACUUCUACACACUCGACAUUGGCGGCCUUUGCGAGGCAGUGCUUCCAGCUGUGGACGGUUUCCGUGGUGCGACCAAACGUAACAGGCCGAAUCUUCAUGAGGGCGACGUGGUUUUCUGCCAGGUAACGCGGGAGUACCCUGCCCGCGAGCUUCCUACGGAAGUAUCGUGUAUAAACGCCGGUGACAUGAAGCAAUGGACGACAAAAGAGACAUACUUCGGGCAGCUGGAGGACGGGUUCAUGUUUACGGUUCCUAUCCCAUAUAGCUACUGCCUCUCUGGAGAUCGCUGUUACGUGCUUGAAAAAUGCGCAGCACGUUUCAAAUAUGAAAUAGCUAUCGGUUUAAAUGGAAGGGUCUGGGUGAGAAGUGCCAAUGCUAGCGACACGCUGCAUAUCGCCAGGUACAUUCGGAUGUGCUUCGGGUUGACAUUACCCCAAAUGGAAGCGUUGUUCACAUAUCUCGACAAUUCCCCAUAG